AUGUUACCCAAAAUGAAUGUAGACGAAGUGCGCAUUAGCCUACAACGUUUCGGUUGGCCGGACUAUGUUGUAUUUGUUUUAAUGUUAACCAGCUGUGCGCUGAUCGGUAUUUAUUUCGCUUUGCAAAUGCGUCGUGAGGCGAAAUCGCGUAAAUCUCUCACCACCGAAGAUGCCGAGGAUGCUUAUUUCGUUGGCGGCAGGAAUAUGAAGAUUUUUCCAAUUGCCAUGUCGCUGAUAGCGAGUUUCAUAUCCGGCAUUACGCUCUUGGGCACACCCACAGAAGUAUAUCUCUUCGGCACACAAUAUCUCUACAUCAUGGGUUCGUUGGUUAUAAUGGGCUUCGUUUUAUACUAUUUCUUUCUACCAGUAUUUCAUGAUCUCAAGUUAAUAUCGACAUAUCAGUAUUUAGAAUCACGUUACGAUCGCAAGAUGCGUCUCUUUGGCUCUGUGCUCUUCAUGUUCGGUUCGUUAUUAUGGUUGCCAAUAGUAAUUUAUGUGCCCGCUUUAGCCUUCAAUCAGGCCACGGGUGUCAAUAUACAUUUGGUAACACCGAUUGUUUGUUUGGUCUGCAUAUUCUACACCUGUGUGGGUGGCUUAAAAGCUGUCGUUUGGACCGAUGUGGUGCAGACGCUUAUCAUGUUCGGCGCUAUGGUGCUGAUCAUUGUGAAGGGCACAAUCGAUGUUGGUGGUUUUGGUGUGGUUUAUCAGAAGGCGAAGGAGAGCGGGCGCAUUGAGUCACCGAAUCUCACUUUCGACCUCACCGAACGUUAUACUGUCUAUUCACUUUUCAUUGGUGGUGUCGCUCAUUGGCUGAAGUCGAACGCGAUCAGUCAGAAUAUGAUACAACGUUAUCUCUCGCUACCGAAUAUGAAGUCGGCGCGUACAGCAGUUUGCAUCUUCAUUUGUGGUGUGUUGACCUUCAUAUGCGUCUGCGGAUACAGUGGCCUACUCAUCUAUGCGACAUAUCACGAUUGUGAUCCGCUGCAAACGAAGCUCGCCAAACGUAAUGAUCAGCUGUUGCCACUGCUCGUCAUGGAGAUACUAGGCGAUUAUCCUGGUCUACCCGGUCUCUUUGUUGCUGGUGUCUUUAGCGCCGCACUCUCCUCACUCUCCACCGGCUUGAAUUCUAUGUCGGCUGUAAUGCUAGAGGAUUUCUUCAAAUCAUUUGCCAAAAAACCACUUACAGAGCGUCAGACAGCGCUGAUAAUGCGUUUUGUUGUCGUCAUCUUUGGCGCUAUUUGUGUGAGUUUGGUUUUUGUUGUCGAAAAAUUGGGUACUGUGCUGCAGCUGACUAUCACUUUAUCAUCCGUGGCGAAUGGUCCAUUAUUGGGUAUAUUCACUGCCGGCGUUAUGGUGCCUUGGAUUGAGAGCAAGGGUGCUCUUGUUGGCGGUCUUACUAGCCUUUUCUUUAUGGCCUGGAUGUGCAUACGCGCGCAGGCAGAUCUUGCUAGUGGCGUUGUGAGCUACAUACGCAAACCACAUACGAUAACUGGCUGCAAUUAUACAUUCAUAGAUUUUGCUUCAAUGAGCAUGGUGGCGGAGAAUAUUACGGGUUCCCCCUCAGCUGGGCACAUGGACAACGACUCCUUCCACAUCUACAACAUCUCCUAUCUCUUCUACACAAUGUUCGGUUCACUCAUCACAAUUGUAGUUGGCUUAAUUGUUAGCUUUCUAUUGGGUCCAAAUAAAUUGGAAAAUAUGGAUACAACAUUACUCUCGCCCUGUGUUCGACGUUGGGUUGAUCGAUUAAAGGCACGUAAGGCGUUAAAAGCCAACAUACAGCAACAAACUCAAACGCCAAGCAAAGGAGGAAUGGAACUAAAUAAUUUAAAGUUGACAAAAUUGAAAGAGCCGCACACGUAAGAGAUGCUUUUGGGGAUAUAUUGAGGACGAAAGAUUAUUUAUAUUUAUUUUUAAAUUACUGUAAUUUAUUUUCUUGUAAUUAUUACACACAUAUUUAAAUUUUUUUAAUUUCCUUUUGCUAUUUAUUUGAAAGCUAAAAACGAGCUACCAAUUGGUUUUUGAAAAAUAUUGUUAAGCCUAAAGGUAUACUCAAAAUGAAACAGCUGAAAUGCUGUUGAGCAUAAUUAGUUUUCCUUUAAAAAGACAUGUUUCACCUGUAGCCUAUUUUUAGGCGCUGCAUUUCAUAUAUUUUAUUUAUAUUUACUUACUGAAAUAAUUUAAAAAUUGUAAAUAUUUCGUUUUUGUAGUGUUAGCAGCAGUAUUUAAUUGUUUCAAUAUUGUAUAUAGACAUAAGCGAUUGGGGAAAUUUCCUAAAACUAUAUAAUAAUGUUCCUAUAAAUUAUUGUAAAUAUAUAAAUUAUAAAAUAAACAUCCUCCCACCAACUACUCUGCA